GACGGAAUGGGAUGGAAAGGAAGUAAAUUAGAACAAACAAUUUUAUGAUGUAUUUAAGCAGAAGGCAAAAAAUCUGGAUGGAAAAUUUUAAAGAGCAUCAGAUUGAAGGGGUUGAGUGGAUGUGGAAGAGAAUAUCUGCGCGGAAGGGGGUUGUUUUAAGUGAUGAAAUGGGCACGGGAAAGACUAUGCAGGCCUUAGAAAUAGCCAAGCGGGUUUGGAGCCAGAUUGGAAAAUCUAUUCUUAUUGUUGCCCCGUGCACACUUCUGCAGAACUGGAAAAAAGAAAUGGAUAAAAUGGGCUUUUCAAUUCCUGCGCGUGUAGUUAGAUCGAGUGAUGCGGGGGCAGAGAAUGUUUUAAGGGGCGCAGACGGAAAUUACAUAGUGAUAUUAAACUAUGAGCUGCUGCAGAGGAAAAAGGGGCAGAUUCUUCAGUCUUUUUUUGACUUAGUGAUAUUUGAUGAGGCGCAGCGUAUAAAGAAUCGAGAGACAAUGAUAUCUAAAGUAUCUCGAUUAAUUGAUGCUCGAUCUAAGAUGUGCAUUACAGGAACGCCAAUACAAAACAGCCUUUCCGAGCUGUGGAGCAUUACAGAGACUGUCCGGCCUGGGUACUUCGGGGACUAUCAGAGGUUUAAGUCGGAAAUAGAAGAGCCUUUGAAGAAAAGCACGCUAAAGAAUUCAACUGAGCUGGAGAAGCAGAAAGGUGCAUCUAUAAAAGAGCAUAUAAAUAUGCUUCUUUCGGAAAUAGUUAUACGAAGGACAAAGGAGGAUUUGGCUGGGUUUUCAGAGAAUAUCCCAGAAGGGGGCUUGGCAAUUCCCAGGCGAAAAGAGCACACAAUAUAUUGCCCACUUACACGGGAGCAGCAGUCGGUUUAUAAGAGAGUAUUACGGAAUGACCUAACCCGAGCAACAGUAAUGGGGAAAAGGGCGCCAUUAAAGAGUAUUGCACACUUAAAGAGCAUAUGCAGCCACCCUAUUAUGGCAGACUCUGAACUGACUAGAUGGAGUGACAGCGGUAAAAUGCAGGUUAUACACAGGCUGCUGUUUAUGUGGAGGCACACAAAUAGAAAGAUUCUCUUAUUUAGCCAGUAUAAAGAAACACUUCGUAUAUUGCAGAGCAUUACAGGGAGGAACACUUACAGAAUAGAUGGGGACAGCCCAAUUCGCAAGAGAGAGGAAGUGUUUAAUACAUUUGGCAGCAAAGAAGGGCUGGAAGUUCUUCUGAUGAGCAUGAAAGUGGGCGGUGUUGGGAUAAAUCUUCAAAAGAGCGACACAGUCAUUUUAUUUGACAUUGACUGGAAUCCAUUUAAUGAAGAGCAGGCAAAAGGACGAGCGCACAGAAUGGGACAGAAGAAAGAGGUGGAGAUAUACAGGCUAAUAUGCAGAGGAACGAUUGAAGAAAGCAUAGAAAUAGUGCAGGAAGUAAAGAAAACUAUUUCCAAAGGAGUUUUAGACGGUAUAAAGUCAAAGCAAGUAUUUGAUAAGGUUGACCUAUGCAGACUCUUUCACUAUUCGCACGACCCUCUUGACAUAACAGAUCUAGACACUCUUGCAUCGCCCGAAUAUAAAUAGACAAAAGCAUAGAAACGCAUUGCAAAAUAAAGAAAAAACGCCAAGCUUCCACCAGGCAGUAAAUAUAUAAUACAAGAAUAAAGAAGCGCA